CACCCGCCGUGUUCUCUUAAAAAAGAGUAUCUGAAGAAGUGUGCAUGCACACGAAAGCUCACACCAAUAACAAACUUAGUUGGUCUCUAAGGAGCGACUGGAAGGAUUUUUUUUAUUUUGUUUCUUAAAAGAGAUGAGCUCUUCUGGAACUAAGGAGGUGCCCUUGACAAUGAGGGCUGUUUGCCAACCCUUGAAGCGCUUUUGCAAGAACGCGCGCCUAUCAACGCUCGCUAUCUCCGACGGAUAUUAGCUCAUGCAGCCGGCCUGGGCCGAAACUUUGGCGGCGAGGUGCCCAGGAGCCAAACGGCGCUUGGGGAGGAGCACUAACUUAUCUCCGCAGGAAGAAGCGCGGCCUCGUCUUUCCCGGCUCACCUGUUGCAAGGCGGGAGCGAGAGGGCGCAGUCCCCGCGCGCGCGCGAGCGAGCCAAGUUCCUGAGGGGAAAGGGAGGCGAGCCAGAAGCUCCCGCCCAGCUUCAAGGCAGGUGGCGGCUCAGGGAAGCUGCCCAGUCGCGGCCACUCGGGGGAAGGGAGGAGGAGGGAGGAAGGCCCGGCUAGUUGGCUGGCUGGCUGGCUGGGCGGGAGGCGGCGCUGCCUCCGCGGAAGCGCGUCCGAGAGGAGAGCCGGACUCAGUGCGCCGCCGGCCAGGCUGCGGCGCGCAGCGACCACGGGACUUGUCCGCCGCCGAGCUCCGGCCGGGCGGGUCUCCAUGCGGUGGCGGCAGGGACGCCCGGGCCCCCCUGCUGCUGCUGCUGCUGCACGGAGGGCGCGCCACGGGAACUAGCAGCAUGAGCAGCGGCUACAGCAGCUGGGAAGAGUCCGAGUCGGAGGAGUUCUUCUUCACCGCCCGCACCUCCUUCUUCAGGAGCUGCCCCGCCAAAGCCAAGCCGAGUCUGCAAGUAAGCGAGCCCCCCCUCCUUUCGCCGGGCGGGAAUCCUCCCCGUCCCGAGCAAGAGCGCCUUUGCCCUGGCCUGACCCGCAGCAGGCCGCGCCUUCCGCUGCAACCCCACGUGUUCUUCCCAGGCUCGCUCUCUGUCCCCGCGCCCCACGCCAAACUAAGUCCUAAGUUUCUGGGGAGCCCCUCGUGGCGCUUUCCCGGUUCCGUCCCCAAGUCCCAGCGGGAUCUGGAGGGUGCCGGGUGCCACUUCCGGAUGAUCGCAGAGGGAGCAGAGUCCAGGCAAGCAGAAGCAUUGGGGUGGGGGGCUGGAUCCCCAAGGUUUCUCUUCGCACCCCCGCGCCAGACUUUCGGUGGAACUGCACGUGUGGAUUCCAGCCGUUGGGCUAGCUCGAGCAGCGUUGCUGCGACCUUUGAGGAUGAAAAGCGGGCUUUUUCAGUAGAUUCACUUCCUCGUGAGCCAGAACUUCUCCCGGCGGAAAAAAUGAUCUCCCAUGAUGCGACCGGGGAAAAGAGAAGUCUGAUUGCUCAUGCGUUAUUCCUGAAACCGCAUGGUCUUGCAGCCGCCGCUCUCGUGCAAACCGUUGUAGGAUUUCUGGGAAAGCGCAUAAAUAGGAAAAAAAACCUAUAGUUCCCUGGGAGGUAACGGAUUUUUUGCCUCGUCUUCUCAGCCCAACCCGGCAAUCAUAAUCAUUUGAAUUGUUUUUAACACACUAACGGAGCCUUAAUUGGGAUAUAAUCUUCCCUUCAUAAUGAUGUGGAGGUUGUCUGUGUCUGCUCCUAAGUGGUUUUCAAUAUCCAGGGAUUUUGAAUAGUUAGAAAGUACUGUACAAAUAGUUUUUUAAAUUGCUGCACUUUAUUUCUGUAACACCAUAUGCACCUGACCCAGGUAGUUGUAUUUAAAUGGGAAUUGACAUGCAAAAGGCCUUCAACUAACCAAAGCAUUUAAAAGACUUUUACCCCAAACUCCAUGCAUGGAGUGUUUUACAAAUAUGAUGCUAGCACACUAUUCUAAACGUGUUGGAAAAAUAGUACAUUUUUAAAAACACACAUCCAGUUGUGUGGAUCACCUGCAUGAGCAAGUGCUUCUCAUAAGGCAGUUUUGCAUUUAAUUUUGGACACCAUAAACUCUAGGGUUCUUUUUAGGGUCAUCAUGUGCAGGUUAUUUUUUUCUCCUUCUCAAAAUAAUUUCAAGAAUGCAUGUCAUGAUUUAAAAUGCAGUGGCGACAAUGUGGUAUUCUAGAUGCUUUGAUAUUCUGUUAAUCCUGUAGACAUUAAUAUUUUGCUAUUAAUUUCUUAAAGCAGUUAAACUAAGCUGAGUUGGCUGUGAUCUUGUUAGAAUUGCAGGGUUGCCAUCUGACUCUCAGGGUGCCAGAGCUUUUGCAUAGUGGAAUGAUAAUGGAAUAAGGUUCUUCCAAACUUUGUGUUAAAGUUUUGAAACAGCAGUUUCAGAGAGGAUCAGGGUGACAGCAGCGGUUAAGAAUUCAGCUAGUAUUAAUUCCUGGACUUUAUACAUCCUAAGGUAAGGAUAACCUUGUCAUUUCAAUAUGUAGAUUGGCUUUGGCUAUUCCCAAGUGGUUUUCAAUAUUUAGAGACUCUUAAUAGUUGCUAGGAGAUGGCUGCAGGCAACAUGUUGCAGCAGUCCUUAAUGAUGUCAACAGGGCAGUGUUCAGCCUCCACUCCUGGCACUGAUUCAGAAACACAGUCAGUGAUUAAAAAGUGGGCAGGAAUAGGCAGAUAAGGAGUAUGAGCAACACACUGCAUUUAAGUUGUAUGUGUCCUGAGUGUACAUAGUGUUCUAUAGAGUAACAUAAGCAAGAGUGGUCCAUCCUCCGAAGCAGCUCACAUUCUGAAUUUACCCUAGGACAGAAAGAAAGUUAGGAGGUUGAUAGGAAGAAGCAAGGGUAACAAAGCAAUGCAGUGUAGAAAAAGCAAAGAGGAAGAAUAGCUGAGGGUGAAUGCUAGCAAUUGCAAAUAUGGGGUUCAUUUCUGCUGGGGAUGAGGACUAAAGAAUUACGGCAAAGGUUUUGAAGACAAGAGCAGGCUGUGAGCUGUGAUUUGGAAGACAAAAGUAGCACCAAGCAGAUUUGCUUGGAGGAAGCUCCAGGCAUAAGACAAACUUUGGGCUGCAAUGGGUAGAAUCACCGAAGAGGACAACAGGUGUUGUUGAGGGUGCCCAAGUUGGAGGAAAGAAAGAUCAGGGGCAGAGACACAGCGGAAGAACAAGGAGUCUAUGGGUGUGUAAGCUUUGUGAACUAGCAACACAGAAUUCUGGUGAAACAAAUAGAAAUAUGAGAGGGACAAAGUGGAUUUUACCGAAGAUUAUUUCUCUUUUUAAGAAUUGUGGACUAAGCUGAUCUUUUCCUAUUCCUUUAAACUUGGCAUUUGAUGCAUCUGUGGGAGAGAGUUGUGUGUCAAUCGCUGGAACUCCCACUUUGACUAAAACAUGUUGAUACUCCACUAGUCAUGCAGAGAAAGUACAGUGGCCUUUAGUUUUGUGUGGUUCGUUAUAAAAUCUUCAAAGCUGAGGAUUUUGGUUUCUGUAUAUUAUACUUCUCAGGUUAGAAGCCUUUCUUGAGUGUCUAAUUUGGCAGAAAAAGUAAAAACAAUAACAAGAAUAAACUUACAGAAGACCACAUAAAACAAUGUGAAAUACUAGGAACAGAAAAUACUGUACUAUAAAACAGAUUAAACCCAUAUGUAGCAUGUAGAAUCUAAAAGACCUAGGCCACCAAAAUGACAGUGAGCUUUUCAGAGUGAGCUAUGCUGAUACUCUAUACUUUCUUUGGUGCCUGACCUGAGUGAUAAAGAGAUUAGUGUCCUAUCUUUAGUGUGGUACCAUAUUGGAAGUGCUCUGAGCUCUUGCAAAACUGGUUUAUAAAUAUCUAUUAAGCCCUACGGUUAGUAUUUGGCACAGAUUGUUCAUGUGGUCAGGAACUGGGGUCUAAUAAACUGAUUAACUUAGAAUUCAUGAGCAUAAUAAAGGUAAAGGAACCCCUGACCAUUAGGUCCAGUCGUGGCUGACUCUGGGGUUGCGGCGCUCGUCUCGCUUUAUUGGCUGAGGGAGCCGGUGUACAGCUUCCGGGUCAUGUGGCCAGCAUGACUAAGCUGCUUCUGGCGAACCAGAGCAGUGCACGGAAACGCCGUUUAUCUUCCUGCUGAGUGGUACCUAUUUAUCUACUUGCACUUUGACGUGCUUUUCAAACUGCUAGGUUGGCAGGAGCUGGGACUGAGCAACGGGAGCUCACCCCAUCGCAGGGAUUCGAACUGCCUACCUUCUGAUCGGCAAGUCCUAGGCUCUGUGGUUUAGACCACAGAGCCACCCACAUCCCUCAUGAGCAUAAUACUUCUCCUUAAAUAUGUUGAGACCAGUGGAACCGUCUGCUUCCUCAUUACUUUUAUAACCCCUCUUUUUUGUUUUGGGAAGUUUUUAAAUGUUUAAUGCUGUAUUGUGUUUUUAAUAUUCAGUUGGGGGCCGCCCAGAGUGGCUGGGGAAACCCAGCCAGAUGGGCAGGGUAUAAAUAAUAAAUUAUUAUUAUUAUUAUUAUUAUUAUUAGGUUAGGCCUAAGUGACAGUAACUGGUCACCAAGUUCACCCAGUCGCUUCAUGGCUGGGUGGGGUUUUGAAACCUGGCUUUCCAGGUCCUGGCCCAACAUUUUAACCUCUAAACCACACUAUUUCCUAACACUGAUUCUAGAACAAAUAUUUGAGCGUUGCUGCAUUUCUGAAAUAAUGCUGCAGGGUACUAGGAAACCUGUUACCUUGCAUUUGAGGUUCAGUUCCUGAAAAUCUGGAGUGGAGUUUUUUGUCAACAUUAAAGUUUUUUCUAUUGAUUUCCUCAUUUAGAAAGCUGAUGAGUUUCCUGGUAAAGGUCAGUACUAUGGUUGGAAUUGCUUGUAUAUUGCCUCUCCUUCCUGUUAUAGUCUCUGUUUCAGUUAGCUACUUUUGCUUUCAUAGAAAUCAUAGGUCGUCUCGCAUACAAAUCAAGAAGCUGUGAAUUGUGCAUCCCCUCAAAACCACAGUUUGAUUUCAGCUUGGAGGGGAUUGUGGAAACCACAACCUGUGGGUUUGGGUGUAAUGGCAAAGGGCUUUCCAUGGUUUUUUUUUUUUUUUAAGUGUGUGCAAGGGGAGAAAGAAAGCAGAAAUGUGUAAAGUGUGGAAGUCUGAUUGAUCCAGGGCUGAACUCUGGAUUGGCACUUGUGUAUUUGUGAAGCAACCCAAAGUAUGUCAUCUAUGCCCUCAUUAGAUUUGAAAGCUGCUUACAAAAGCACACACCUUUGCAUUGGUUUGGUAACUAGCGUUUAUAAUUAAAGACUUGGUUUGUUCUCACCCGAUCAGGUGUAUGGCUACUUGAUCCAUACCUAGUGAGCCAGUCACAUAAUAGGUCAUGUUCAACACACCAGUGCAAAAUCUGUUGAAGGGGGAUUGGCAGGGGGCAUCUAGGGUGAACAGUGGCAGCAGCGCACAUUGAAUCAUUCUGAGCAUGUUGCCAAGUGAAAAGACAUUUGAGUCAAAAUCGGCUCUUAGCUCCUCGCCUACCCAGGCCAGCAGCAGCAAACUUAAGUUGUGGAUUGUUAGUUUCAUGAAAAAAAUAAUCGCCUUGUUUUGAGUACAUACAGUGAAUUGUUUUUGUAUUGCUUAAGGUACACAGAAGGCAGGGAGUUGUAGGGGCUCAUUUGUUCAUAGUAAAUAAGCAAGCAUGCCUCGCUCCUGCAGUUUGCGUGCCUGCAUUUUCCCUUUGGAGAAGGGGAGGGGCACAUGGGCAAUGAGGUCAAAGGAAGCAGCAAAUAUAAGUCUCUCCACCCAUCUGCUAGCACUUUAGUUGUACUUGCAGAGUUGGCACUGCAUAUGGUUGGCAUGUUUCCUUCUGUUUUAUUUCCUGAGGCAUCUCCCUCUUUCCUUCUCUCCGUCUUCUGAAGUUAAAACAAAGAUAAUUCUCAAUUUAAGGCAGCUUGAGACUGGUUUAUUUUUUCAGAUUUGACCAAAAAAAAAAAGAGGCUAUCUAUGUCUUGAGUGUAGGAAUGCCGUCAUAAUGGCUACGCUCCCAUUUCACAUGGAUUUGGGCUUUCAGCAUUUCAACAUGCUAUCCUUAUAUACUGCGUAGGUUCACAUUUAAUAAUAUGGUAUCCCACAAUUGAAGUAACCCAGUGUGCUUGUCCAAGUUAUGGGUGUUUUUACUAAUUGAAAUUGUAUCUUUGUCCAAGAAUUGUGUCAGAUUUCCUGGUAUGGACAUUUAGUGCGGUAUUGCAUUGCGUGUAGCCCUUUGGGGAGUUGGUUGCUGUGAUGGCCUGGGACUCGGGCUCGGACUCGGACUCAGCACCGGUUCCUUUGCCUCAGGCGGCAUCUGAACGGAGUCUGGGGCCUGAUUCUGAAGAGCCCCAGUCUGCACAGGUUCCCCUGCAACAAGCACCAGCUGAGCCGAGUCAGGGGCCUGAGCCUGCCCUGGCUCCAGUUGCGGGGAUUACCUCGUUUCCCUCUGCUGGGCAAUCACGUGCAGCUGCUCCACUACCAGUUGGGUCAGGAGAGGCUGAGGCGGCCUCUGGGUCUAGUAACCCACCAACGUCUCCCGAGCUGCAGAGACUCAGGUCUGAGAGAAGGAGAGACCUGAGUACUCGCAGGAGGAGUGCCCGCCUUUCAGCGAGACAGGGAGGUGAGUCACCGGGGGAUCAGGACUGGCCGUUACCCUGUCAGAGAUAAAAGGCUGCCGGACCCCACCCCAGGUUGCGGGAGCAACAUUGCUGCUUGCUGGAACCUGCCUGUUACCCUGUGCCUGACCUAGCCUGGUUUCCUGCCUUGGCCCUGUUGGACUGACUCCUUGUGGAAUCCUUGGAUUUGGGACCGGACCUGGACUGUGUUGCUUGGGUUAACCCUCGGGCCCAGCACAGUUACGGUGCAAAAGCUUAAAUAUUUAAGCAUAGCAUCUUGGCCAGGGGUAGACAACCUAAGGCCCAUGGGCUACACCUAUGGGGUUUUUAACUCCUUAGCUCCAUUUGAAUCCGGGUUUCAGAUAAGAUCACGAAAGUUUUGGUAUCCCAGUGGAGCUCAUUGCAUUGCAUAUGAAUAGGCAGUUACACCAGGCACCUCUACUGGCAAGGCAGCAUGCCUCUAAAUACCAAGUUGCUGGGAAUCAUGUGUUCUGUUUGUGGGCAUCUGGUUGGCCAUGGUGAGAACAGGUUCCUGGACUAGAAUAGGCCUUUGGCCUAUAAGAUCCAGCGGAGAUCUUAUGUUCUUAACACCUUGAUUUGUUCAGACAAUUAAAAUGCAAUGCCGGUGUCUUUAAAAAGCUGCUUAUCAGAGAUUUUGGAAUUCAGGCAUCUGAAGAAAUAAUUUAAGGUUUCUGUUCCAUGUGCAGUUGUUGACUUGGAAUGGCAGAUCGCUGUACCAUAUCACAAAACUGCUGUUGAGAAUGUCUGAGUUUGCAACACUGCCUGGGGCUCAUUUGUAUUGAGAAACAAAAGUUCCGAUUUCAAAAGGAAGUCAUAGAAGGGAAAGUGAAGUUGCUGAAAGGUGCAUAUAAUAUUCUGCUAGAAAGGGAAACAAAAGAUGAGGAGGUGAAAUCGGUCAUGAUUAAAUGGGCACAAGAUAUAGGUCAUAACAUACUAUUUGAAGAUUGGGAAAAAUUGUGGAAAACAGAUCUAAAAUUUACAGAUUGCUCUCUUUUGAAAGAAAAUUAUAUGAAAAUGAUGUAUAGAUGGUAUAUAACAUGAGUACAGAUUGCAAGAAUGUAUAAAACUGGGUCAAAUGUAUGCUGGAAAUGCAAAGAAAAAGAAGGGACGUUUUAUCAUAUGUGGUGGGAAUGUAGAGAAAUUAAAGCAUUCUGGGAAAUAAUAUAUACUGAGUUGAAGAAAAUGUUUAAACUAACAUUUGUAAAAAAACCCAGAAGCAUUCUUGUUAGGGAUUGUAGGAAAAUACCUGCCAAGGAAAUUAAAGAACUUAUUUAUGUAUGCGACAAUGGCAGCAAGAGUCUUGAUAGGAUAAGGACAACUAUGGCUUUAGAGAAGAAUGGGAACUUCUUACAAAUUACUUAAAAACAACAAUAAAAUGACUUGGACUCCUUGGCAGGUUUUGAAUAAACAUACACAAAUUUAUUAUUGUUAACAUAAUAGAUAGACAAUUUAAGGAUUUUUACAAUUUUAUAAUAUGCAGAGAAUAAUAUGUGUUGAAAAACCGGAGAGAGGAGCUGAGGGAAGUCUGGGGUGGGGGGUGGGAAAAAAUGGGGGGGGGGGGAAUGAAGAUGAUAUGUUUUUGAUAAUUUAUGGUGUUUAAAUUCUUAAUAAAAACUAUUUAAAAAGAGAGAGAGAGAAACAAAAGCUCCAACAUUGUAUACAUGCAGAACUAGUUGUGUGACAGUUGUAGAUCUUGACUUGGCCUGUGGGAGUAGUAGUAAUAAUUUCCUUUUUUUAAGUGGAAUUAUACAAAUAAUACAUUUUAGAGCUGCUCUAUGUUAUCAGUCAGUUUUAAAUGGUUAUGCUUGUAGUGCAGGGGGUGGUUCUGUUCCUAAAAUUUUGUGUGUGUGUGUGUGUGUGUGUGUGUGUACACCCUGAGUUCAGCAGUUCACAAUUUUUGUCUACAGAAAAACACUGCAGUAUCAUUUCGGGGUGGAUAAAGCAUACCAUAUUAAAAUAAAAUAAAAACAGAGAACAGGAUCCUGGACUAGAAUAGGCCUUUGGCCUAUAAGAUCCAGCAGAGAUCUUAUGUUCUUAACACCUUGAUUUGUUCUGACAAUUAAAAUACAAUUCCAGUGUCUUUAAAAAGCUAUUGCUGUGGAAAUUUCUGCUUCAAACUCCUGUUUCAUUUUUCAAAGUAAUGUCUCUAAUUCGUGUAUUGGAAGAACAGGAUCUAAAAUAGGAUGGCACUUGCCAUUAUUUGUAAUUAAGGAUUAUGGACAAUACUCUUACUUGAAGCCAAAUAGAGAAGGCAAGUUCAUUUUCGAAAUAAGAAAUGAGUGACUCACAUUGGAUUAAAGCUGCAUAGAAAGAGGUUCCUUUUUAAAAAUAUAUAUAUAUAUAUAUAAAUGACUACAAUAGUCAUAGUUGGCAAAGUGGCACCUUUUCAGUAUAUGAAGCUAAGUAAAUUUUAGGGACAGACUCUUCAUCAGGAUUUGGACUGGGAUUUUGUCAAGUUGCUGUUGAUCAACAUGAUGAUGAUGAUGAUGAUUAUUAUUAUUAUUCAUUAGCAAGGUUUUUUUAAAAGUAUUUUUUUCUAAAAUAUAGAAUGAACUCUAGACUGCUGGGAAAGUUUUCAGGAGAAUAACUUUGUAUGCUUGAUGUUGGUAUAAGUGCUAAAAUUACUAUCACUAGUGCUUCUACAUAUUUCCACUCUGAGAUAUCCACAGUACCGUAAUUGUUUUAAGCUUGGCAGAAUGCUGUUUACAUUCCAUUUGAUCUUGCAGCACUUUUUCUAUGUUUUGAUUAAAAAUGCAUUUUUUUCUCUAUACACAAUCCCUUUUCUGAUUGUAUAUCUGCUCUUUUAAAGUUGUAAUCCCUGGUGUGUAUUAGAACCUAAUAGUACAACUAAAUCUGAAGAUGUUUUACUGCUCAGAAAUAAUGUUAUCAAUGGGAUUGCUUCAUUAUCAAUAGGCAAGUGCAGGGUUCAAAACGCCCAUUGUUCUAAUCUUGGCACAUUUUGCGAUAGGGAAUUUCAUUAGAGCUAGUGGUUUCUGAGCUCUGGGCGUAGUACUGCGCCUAAGAUUUCAGUUUAAAACUGCAGAGUGGAAGUUGUCAGGGUCGAUCCUGGUGUGCAGGCAUCUUUACUUGGUCACAAGUGGUUGAUAGCCAGGUGCAAAAUGCGCCUGGCGCUUGACUAAUUUCAAACACUGGCAUCCUCAUUGGUCCAAGAUGCUUGAAAUGGUAGCCUGACACAUCUGGAGAGUGGAAGGUUAGUUUAGGGGGUGUUGGUGAUGAGACAGAAGGAUGACAUUGUGUUUGGUAAUAGUAUAAAACAGGCAUAGGCAAACUCGGCCCUCCAGAUGUUUUGGGAUUACAACUCCCAUCAUUCCUAGCUAACAGGACCAGUGGUCAGGGAUGAUGGGAGUUGUAGUCCCAAAACAUCUGGAGGGCCGAGUUUGCCUAUGCCUGGUAUAGAACAAUCUUCUUGUGUUACCACUGAAGGAGUGAAUGUGAACUUCUACAUUGGUCCCUCCCCCGAGAUGGAUAAACUGAAUGUGGAAAUUAAUCAAUAGUCCUUGGAGGUAUAAAAAAAGUUGUGUGUAAUGUUUUCUGGGUGCUUCUGUCCCAAGACCUUAAAAUUCCAACAGCAUACUUUUUAUUCUGAUUUCUCAGUAGAUUAUACAGUGGUACCUCAGGUUAAGUACUUAAUUCAUUCUGGAGGUCCGUACUUAACCUGAAACUGUUCUUAACCUGAAGCACCACUUUAGCUAAUGGGGCCUCCUGCUGCUGCCGCACUGCCGGAGCACAAUUUCUGUUCUCAUCCUGAAGCAAAGUUCUUAACCUGAAGCACUAUUUCUAGGUUAGCAGAGUGUGUAACCUGAAGCAUAUGUUACCUGAAGCAUAUGUAACCCGAGGUACCACUGUAUUUUUGAAAUCACAUUAUGAUUUUGAGGUGCUGUUGAAUAAUAUGAAGUGAGCACACAAGGCUGGAUGAAUGGAAUUCUCAGCUGAUGAGCUAAGAAUGGUCACACACUUCCUGACAUGCUCGGAAUUGUUUGCUAAAAAUGGAACACUCUCAAGGUACAGAGUCAAGAUCCAUGGCCGGUAGAGAGAAAAUGUUAAUGCUGUGUUGGAAUUAACCACAAUUAUCAGAUUGAACUUCCUAGUGCAAAAGUUUUCACUAGUGGCAAUGUAUGCAAUGGAAUGCUAGAUCAGAUGGAACAGAACUAUCUCACCUGGGGCUCAGCCAGGUGAGCUAAGACAAGGCUAAGUCCCCAGGCAGGGACCAGAGGGAGGAACUUAGGCUGGAUGCUAAGGCUAAGCCUAAGCCUAAGUCAUGUGUCCUGAUGAUCUGGCAUAUAACACUACAGUAGUACCUCUGGUUGCAGACAGGAUCCGUUCUGGAGCUCUAGUCGGAUCCUGAGGUUUUCGCAACCAGAGGUGCCUGUUCUGCGCAUGUGCGCAGCACGGUAGAGCGGUUCUGCGCAUGCGCACAGUGCAGUAGAGCGGUUCUGCACAUGCGCGCGUGGCGAAACCUGUAAAAAUACUGCCGGGUUUGCCGCGUGUGUAUCCCGAAGAUUCUGUAACCAGAGGUGCGCAUAAGUAGAGGUACCAUUGUAUUUUAAAAGCUAAUUUUCUCCCUGCCAGGCUUAGGCAGAGCAGCAGGUUAGGAUCUGGCGUAACUUUGCACCAGCUUUUUGUGCAUAGGAUUGCUACCUAAGUUGCUCACAUCUAAUUUGAAAUUCUUUCUAAAAGAGCAGUAGCACCUAUGAUUUAGAAAAAAAAUAGUGAGAAGACACAAAGCAAAGAUAAUGACGGAAAGAAAUUAAAAACUAAUAUUUAAAACUCCACUGUUCUUUAAACCAGUAUAUCUGGAUAUAUUGUUGAGAACUGAUUAUUUUGAUUGGUGGAAAGAAUAUUCUUGUUUAAUCAAAUCUUGAUAAAUGGUUAUUGGGUGCUUGUUGUUGUUUUUUUUAAAAAAGACUUCUUUUAUUAUUCCACUCAAGGCAGAAUAGUGUUGUGCUAUUGUGAGCUUUAUGGCAUUUUUACCUUGAAAUCUUAAAAAUUGUCUUAAAGGAUGGGUGGAGCAGCAAAUGUCCCUGUGACUGUGAUUUCCUGAGCUUACAAACAGGGAAGCUGCUGUUCAAAAAGGAAGAAAGUGUUUGAACCUUGAAUUACAAAGUCAACGCACAUUAUUCCCUGCACUCUUAAGAACAAAGCCACUCUCCCUGUGCUUCCUGAUGGCCUCUUUCCGGAGCUAGUAGAAUAACUUGUUUAUUUACAAUCUGAUCCAGUGGCUUGUGUCCAAAAAGCAAUGUGUGUGCACGCGCAAGUGUGGUUUUGUUUUUCUUCCAGUGUAGUUCAAAGAGCAUCCUUUUUCGUUCAAGGUGAGUUAAAUGCAUCCAAUUGCUGCUUAUUUGGCAAUACAGGUUUCAUUCCUGCUGGUGCCUGUAAAUACUAUUUAAAGCUGAUAUUUUACCCCCCACAAUUUAUUUAAAAGUAUUUCUAAUCCUCCCUGCAUUGCAGAGGGACCCCAAGGUUGGCAGCAAGGUGGGGGCUAAGUAAUGCAGCCCUUGGGUGGGGGGUGACCCAGACACCACAUGGUUGGUACCAGAGCAGAUACAGGGAGAAGAUUACUGGAAAUCAGAAUCCCAGGUAAAUGAGGCAGGAAUUACACACAGCGAUUUCAGCUCAGGAUUGGUGCAUUGUUCUCACUGUGCACGAUGACUUGAGCAGAGGUAACGUUUUUCAGCCCCUUUUGUAUUUUCCAAAAUACAGUGGUACCUCAGGUUAAGUACUUAAUUCGUUCCAGAGGUCAGUUCUUAACCUGAAACUGUUCUUAACCUGAAGCACCACUUUAGCUAAUGGGGCUUCCUGCUGCUGCUGCGCCGCCGGAGCAUGUUUUCUGUUCUCAUCCUGAAGCAAAGUUCUUAACCAGAGGUACUAUUUCUGGGUUAGCAGAGUCUGUAACCUGAAGCAUAUGUAACCUGAAGCGUAUGUAAUACAGGUACCACUGUAUUUUCUGUUUUAGCUUGUACAGUGGUACCUCUGGUUCCAUAUGCUUCAGGUUCCAUACGCUUCAGGUUACAGACUCUGCUAACCCAGAAAUAGUACCUCUGGUUAAGAACUUUGCUUCAGGAUGAGAACAGAAAUUGCGCGGCUGCAACCGGAGGCCCCAUUAGCUAAAGUGGUGCUUCAGAUUAAGAACAGUUUCAGGUUAAGAACGGACCUCCGGAAUGAAUUUAAGUAUGUAACCAGAGGUACCACUGUAGAAUACAAUUUAGAGCACGUUGACAUAGUCAUAGUUGCAUAACAACUAUGCAGAGAAGAAAAGCUUGUAUCAGGAUCUGUGCAUGAUCACAGGGAUUGUUUCAGAUGAGCACUGUUGUUUUCAGGGUGGUAGUCUGAGGAAACAUGGGACUCUCAAGAGGGGAAGUUGAUGAUCUUGCUUAGAGAUGCACCAUGUAUGGUUUUGUAAGCAACAGGUGAGUGUGCAGGGCUGGGCGAUACCUGGUUUUCAGUGUUGCGAUAUAUCUCCAGCUUAAACAUCUUGAUAUGCCGAUAUAUCACGAUGUCUGAAAUAAGGGUGGAGCUAUGCGGAGGCAUUGGCCGGCUUCACGGUUUUCCCUGCAUUGUGAUUUUUUUCAUAGCGCAUGAACACCCACCCAUGAUUUGCAAUAUAUGGCCAGGUCAAAAACUAUGAAACCGAUAUCACGAUAUGGACUUCAAGCAAUAUACUGUAUCAAUAUAUCACCCAGCCCUAUUAGUGUGCUAUGGAAGUGUUAGUAGGGUGUCUCAUUGAAUAACAUAGAAGAACAUCUGGCCCUGCUGCAGUCAGACCGGCUCCCCUCUCCUCCUGUGGUGGGAAGGAAAGAUGUUGGCUAUUCUGUUUUGCGAGCAUUUGGCUCCUGGUUUAUCUUCUGUACUUCAUAAAUGUUAGCUGCUUUGAGGACUCUGGUAAAAAAGCAGGAUGUGAAUGUACUAAGUCAGUAAACAUCCUUGUGAAAGUCUCAAGUGUUGGGCUGCACCUCAGCCAAUGUGGUUUAGUGGAUGGGGGAUUCAUUGCUUCGUUUGCGGGGGGCAGGUCUCUCUCAGACACCGCUAUCUUAAAAUGUCUGCUACCCUGAAUCUUAGUAAAAUGUGAUGAAAACAGUUUCAGAGUUCUAGUCCAGGUUCAUUCUCUCUCUCUCUCCCAGUAACAAAAUACCAACUGGUAAAUUAUUUCUUUACAUACCAAGUUCCAAGUUUCCUAAUCCUUUUUCCAAAAUGACACAAGGUCACAUGGGCCUGUAUGAAAAGUAUAUUUCAUCAAAACAAAACCCUUUAUUCCAUUGUAAAUGGAUGGGUAACCUGCUGUGCCUUUUGCUGUAAAUCAAGUGCCAGGAAUCUAAAUGCUAUUCUUGCAGCUUCAAACUUUAAACAACCUACUCUGUUUAGAACUGGGUUGUGUGCCAGCAGUUAAAGCACAACCAUAUAGGGUAUGGCAGAACUUGUGGUUUUGGAGCGAGAGCAUGAUAAACGUGAUCAGUUACUUUAGUAUCACAAGUACAUAUAAGUCUCUCGUAUUCAUACUCUCUCACAUACACAGGCACACACAAAUAAAUUGUGUUAUAUUUUUGGCUCUUUUUAUGGUUCGGUUUUCUGCAGUAGCAGAAACUUGCAAGCUAGUUUGCACAAAAGAAGGUGCAAUAGCAGCCGACUGGCCUUCCCACAGGGUCACAAAAGUAGCUUGCACAUAAACAGGUUUUGAUAACUGGUGUGUGUGUGUGUGCGUGCGUGGGUGCCGCCGGAGCAUGAUUUCUGUUCUUAUCCUGAAGCAAAGUUCUUAACCUGAAGCACUAUUUCUGCGUUAGCAGAGUCUGUAACCUGAAGCGUAUGUAACCCGAAGCGUAUGUAACCUGAGGUACCACUGUAUGUCACGCCCUUAUUCGUCAAUUGCUAGAUAAGCAGAGCUUUUGGUAUUCUCAGUAUUUCAUGUCCCUAAUGCUUCUGGGGGGGGGGGGCACAGGUGGCACUGUGGGUUAAACCACAGAGCCUAGGACAUGCCGAUCAGAAGGUCGGUGGUUUGAAUCCCCGCAACGGGGUGAGCUCCCGUUGUUCGAUUCCUGCUCCUGCCAACCUAGCAGUUCGAAAGCACGUCAAAGUGCAAGUAGAUAAAUAGGUACCACUCCGGCGGGAAGGUAAACAACGUUUCCGUGCGCUGCUCUGGUUCGCCAGAAGCAGCUUAGUCAUGCUUACCCAUGCUGGCCACAUGACCCGGAAGCUGUACUCCAGCUCCCUCAGCCAAUAAAGCGAGACGAGCACCGCAAUCCCAAGCGUCUGUCACGACUGGACCUAAUGGUCAAGGGUCCCUUUACAUUUUAAUGCUUUUUAGAUCAACCUGCUCAGUUGGUUAGAGCAUGCCAAGGUUGCAGCUUUGAUCCCUCUAUAGGACAGCUGCAUGUUCCUGCAUUGCUGGGGCUUGGACUAGAUGACCCUCCACAACUCUAUGAUUCUUUGAUAGGGUCUUGAUACACACCCAGCAGCUUAAGUGGAAGCUUUCUGUUUGGGGGAGUAAAGGCCUAGUAACCAUUCCUGGGUAUCUUCUGAGUAUUUUGAUCCUGUGUUAGAUACGCCUGACGAAACGACUUUCAAGUGAAGGCAAUUAAAUAGACGUUUCAGUUCACGAAAGUUGAGAGCUGCAAUAAUUUCAGGCUAUAUAUGGUGUGUUCGUGCAAAUAAUGGAAGUGUAUUAAUAGCACCAAUUUUCCAUAUGGGUUGAGAGCAAAUGUCCUUUGAAAGAUAUCCUGCGCUUAAGGAACAUAUUUGUAUUGGACUGUAAAAAUCAAUAUGCCACUUGGAGAAAGCUGUUUUGGGAUAAUAACUUAUUUUUUUUACAACAAGGUUAAAACUAACCAAUGGAAAUCUAGUAAGGCCUAAGCUUCUCUCCCCAUUAAAUAGUAGCUCUUCACAUUGCUUUUGGGUUAUUUGUUGGCCAUGGUCAAAUUGGGGUGAGGAAAAUAUACCCUUCCUCGUUUAAGGAUUAAUCUUCAUUUCAAGAAUGGUUCAGUUGGGGUGCUUGUCUGUUAAAGGUCCCCCCCCCCGUCAAUUCCUUGAGAAUCAUUUUUUUUAACGUCUUCAGUUUGUGUCCAAGGAACUUAGGGGCAUUUUACUCUCACGCCAAGUUUGAGCAGGUUUGCUCACCCUGUGAGCUUUGUAGCUAAACGGGGAUUAGAACUGGGCAUUAGGAAUUCUGUCUCUUCUUCUCCCUGCCCCCCAAUUUCCAGAUACUUCUGUACCACAUUAGCCCUCUGCCUAACAGCUGUCACCCAACAUUAAAUGAUUCAAAGUAAAUCAGUCGCUACAUGCUCAAACUCUGCAUGGCUUCAGAGAGACGUAUCAUGAAAUAAGAUACACCAGCAAUAUUUUUUUUUUUUGCAUGCAAAUAGUGGACAAGUGAACACAAUUGGAUUUGGGCAUGCUUUGUUUCAAAGUGGUUCUCUUAAGUGCACUACUUUUGCUGGUGCUUUGUAUUCUGCAAUGUGAAUAUUGCAGUACAUUGAUUUCAGAUUUCUUUGGAUGAGACAGAAGAGUCUUCCCUUACCAUUUCUGCAUCUUGUCCAAAGCCCAUAAAUUCAUUUUCUAGUCUGGUAGGGAGUCAGACAACAUGGGAACAUGAUGAUUAGAUAUGUGAGUGACUUGUUAUUCCACUUUCUGGGUAGGAAGCCAUUUGGUGUCCAUGGGCUUGUGAUUCAUUUGGAUGCUUCCUUUUAACCAACUAGCAAAGGAGGCAUAUUUUGCUGAUUUCUCUCUGCAGGAAAUCCCAGAAGCUGAUUUUCAGAGAUGCUAGGGAAUUCAGGGGAGUGAAGGAAUCUGCAGAACGCCUGCUACAUGGUCCUUUUGUGAGCAUAAGGGCAUCAAUCCGAUUCCGCUUGCUGCCUGCUCCUAAGCCAUUCAUUGAAAGCUAAAGGUUGAUUCCACUAUAUACAUUGGUAGUGUGUGUGUGGAAUAUGACAGUCGCACACCAGACCUUCAAAGCGCUACUAUACCACUUUAAGAGCUACGGACAAUUUUGGGAACUGUAGUCUACUGAUCUCUUAGAGCUACAAAUUCCAGCACCCAUCAGAAACUACCACUACCAACAAUUCUCUAUGGCUCUUACAAUGACACGAUACAGUGGUACCUUGGGUUAAGAACUUAAUUUGUUCUGGAGAUCCGUUAUUAACCUGAAACUGUUCUUAACCUGAAGCACCACUUUAACUAGUGGGGCUUCCUGCUGCCGCCGCGCCACCGGAGCACGAUUUCUGUUCACAUCCUGAAGCAAAGUUCUUAACCUGAAGCACUAUUUCUGGGUUAGCGGUGUCUGUAACCUGAAGCGUAUGUAACCCGAGGUACCACUGUAGUGCUUUAAAUGCAUGGUGGAUAUGUGACCUAAUUUGGAACACAUACAUUUACAUUAAAACUUUUGUACAUCAGCUCUCGUUUUUAAAACCUCUUGUUCAGUAACUAGAAAUGCUCAGUAAAUAUUAAGUAGUAGUAUACAGUGGUACCUCAGGUUACUAACACCUCAUGUUACUUCGGGUAGCAGACCACUAACCCAGAAGUAGUACCUCGGGUUAAGAACUUUACCUCAGGAUAAGAACAGAAAUCACAUGCCAGUGGUGUGCCGGCAGUGGGAGGCCCCAUUAGCUAAAGUGGUAUCUCAGGUUAAGAACAGUUUCAGGUUAAGAACGGACCUCUGGAACGAGUUAAGUAUGUAACCAGAGGUACCACUGUAUAUAUUUUUGGUAUCUUUAAAACUGUCAAAUCUCUUUUGCUUUAGGAUGUUCAGAAAGAGCGAGAAGCUCACACGUAUCUUACCAAAGAAGCAAUCAAGGAAAAAGUCCAGACAUACAAUUCAGAUGUCACUGACAAGCUAAAGAUGACAUUGGUAAGACUGUGUGUAAAGUUUUUUAAAGUUUUGGUAGUUUAAAGGGGUGCAUGGCGGCAACAUAAAAUCACCACUGUAUGCUUUGAGUAUAUGGGCUUGGACAAAAUUUAUGUAUUAUCAUAUUCAUUGUUUUCACAUUCUGUGUAUUUGUACUUAAAAUAUUCCUAAACACUAUAUAGCAGAAUGGUGCUACCUUAUUGGUUGGCAGUCAAAGAGAGGAAAAUGAAAACAAGCAAAUUCAGCAGAUGCCUUAGUUUAACCCAGCAGUGUCAUGGGACUACCUUUGAAGGAUCUUCAAAAGUUACAGUUGAUUUAGUAUGCAGGAGCAAGGAUGCUCAUGUGACACCUGUCCUGCAAGAGCUGCACAUUGCCAGUUUGUUUCUGGGCACAAGUUGAUGUUUUGAAAAUUAACCCUUUAAAGCCCUACAACAGGGGCAGAGAAUAGGAUCUGGCUGGCAGGCCAAAUCCUGAGCUCUCCCCUACCCUUCUCAGGGUCAUUUUGACAGGCCCUAACAAUCAAGGUGACCCAACAAGCCAUACUUUGAGAGCAAACUCUGCUUUGUGUAAGGAUCGGUAGUGCAGCAGAUCUCAGCAGGCCUUGCUGUAGGCCCCAGUCAACUGAUUGGCAUUCAUGGCAAGCUCACUCACAGAGGAAGAUCUUUUGUAUUGCCAGCUUGAAUUCAAAGGAGGAAUCUGGGGUGUGCUUCUAGUUUUUCUUCCUUUUAGCUGUGGCUUGAAACUCCCUUGUGCUUGACCUCAUAGAUGCUAUCAAGCAUAGGAAAGAUGUUUGUGCUUUGCCUGUCUCCAAGACCUGGCAGAACUAAUUUGAUCUGCGGCCUAGCAGUUCCCCACCUUUGCCCUAAAAGGCUUGGGCCCAGGUUACCUAAAGAGCACACUGCCUUAACAUCUGGGGGAGGGGCCUUUCUCUACGUUUCAUCUAUGAUGGAAGCAGAGUUGAGUGUGACUUUCAAUGGCCGCAUUCCAUUUUACAGUCGUACCUCGGGUUACAUACGCUUCAGGUUACACACUCCGCUGACCCAGAAAUAGUGCUUCAGGUUAAGAACUUGGCUUCAGGAUAAAAACAGAAAUUGGGCUCCGGCGGCGCAGCGGCAGCAGGAGGCCCCAUUAGCUAAAGUGGUGCCUCAGGUUAAGAACAGUUUCAGGUUAAGAAUGGACCUCCGAAACGAAUUAAGUACUUAACCCGAGGUACCACUGUAUAUUUGCUUGCCCCACAAAACCUGGGUGGCUCCCUUUCUUGCUGGCUAGUAAAGACUUUGAAAGAAAUUAUAUGCCAGACUUUUGCCAUACGUGGCAGAAUGGCAGAUAAGCCUCCCCCCAGCUCCUCUGAGUUGGUUUUCAUGUUAUCGUAGAAUAAUAGAAUCAUAGAAUUGGAAGGGACCCUGAGGAUUUUCCAGCCCAACUCGCUGCAGUACAGGAAUCUACAACUCUCCCACAUGGGGAUCAAAUUUGCGACUCAAACUCAGCACCGUGCUCUAGCCAACUGAGCUAUGUCUGCAUCCGCUUGUGUUGUGUUGGGGUUUUUAUGCUGAUUUUGUUGCGACGUUGUGAUGUGCAAGCAUUAGAAAAGCGGGGGGAGCAAAAAUGGAUGUAUGGAAAUGUAUCUGAUCCUUGAGCUUCUGGUUAUUUUGAAAGAACUAACCCUAUAGUUUUUGUGUGUAUUCUAGCACUCCAGCGGAGUAUACACCGGCUUCAUCAAAGUUCAGAUGGAACUGUGCAGACCCAUCACGGUACAGGCUCCUGCGAGUCCCGGGAAGCAUGUCAACAACAACUCGGAGACAGCUUUUUGCUUGCCUAACGGCUACACAAAUACCCUUCACAUCAGCAGCACUAACACUGUUCGUGAAGUUAUUGAAGCUUUGCUCAAGAAGUUCAUGGUGGCUGAUAACCCUGCCAAGUUUGCGCUUUAUAAACGUUGUCACAAGGAAGAUCAAGGUAUGCUUCUAAAUCUUCUGAAUGAUCAUAUGGUCGCUCUGUACUCUUAAGACUUGGGGAAGAGGGCUCCCCGGUUUGAAGUCCCAUCUAGCAGAGGUUUUCAACCAUUUGGGUCCGUGGUUCCCUUGACCAACUACGUUCUUUCUGCGGCACCCCUGUGGGGCUCAGGAGCCCAGUUAUGUCACCCCUUGCCUGCAGAGCCCCUCAGCCCUUUUCGAACACACUCCUUUGUGGAGUGUUCCCUCAGCCUCGUCUUCUCUCCUCUCUUCUUAGGAGUCGUCUGGGCAGCUGCAGCUGCCAGCCCUGGUCUCUGAGCUGCCCCUCCCCUGCCCCAAAGAGAGGUGCCUCCUCCCACUGCCCCACAGGGGCCUGGGAAGCACCCCCUGGCCAGCCCUAGAAGCACCAUUCACCUGUGGAACUUGUAGCCAGGGCUGCUGCAACAAAAAGCUGUUCAAGCCUUGGGGAGGCAGAGAUGCAAGAAGGCAUCAGAAGAAGGAGGGAGGGACAGAGUUGCCAGUGGCACCCCUGACCAUCAUUCAAGGCACCCCAGGGGGCCAUGGCACACUGGUUGAAAACCACUGCCAUCUAGUGAUAGCGGUUUCGCGCGCUAUGCAAAAAUCACAAUGUGGGAAAAACUAUGAAGCCAGCCCAUGCCUGAUGCCUCUACAAACUCCAUCCUUAUUUCAGACAUCGUGAUAUAUCAGUUUAUCACAAAGUUUAGCUGGUGAUAUAUCACAAUGUUGAAAACCAAGUAUCACCUGGCCCUAUUGAGGACACUAGAGUUUGUUGGAAAAUACUUAGAUUUAUUCAGCUUGAUGGAUUUUACUGCAGAGGGCUGUAGUACGUAAGAAGUCACAGCAAAAAGGUUUCUACUAAGGCAGAAUCGUCAUUAGAUACACAACCCAUAGAUUCACUCCAAACACUGUUUAGAUCCAGCCACAUUGCACUACUGUAUAGGCCGACCUGUUUACAUCUAAAUACUAGGCCUACUAAACACAACAUGCACUUGUAUCAUGUUUUGAAAAUACAGUACCAUCUUUCUGUUUAGGUGGUGUACGAAUUGAAAAGGCACAUAAAUAAUAUUGUCUAAUAAAAUCGCAUACAUUUGCUACAAGACUCUUAAACGAGCAAGCAAGGGAGCCAUAAACCAGAACCAUAAAAGAUACAAAGAACUGAGUGCUGGUUUAAGUCAGCCUUUCUUAUCUUCCUUCUGAAAGUGUGUAAAUGUUCUUGCUUUUGAAAAAGGCUCUGGAAACGGUUCUUGCUACCCUUGCUGUUGGGCCACCACUGAGAAGGCUAUCUUCUCUGAAUGCUAAAUUGCUUCACAUGCCAAACAGAAGGAGCAAGAUUUCAUUCCAGUGCUUAGGAAUGUUCAUCUGGCAAAAGUGGUCCCUUAGAUAUACUUGAGUCUUGGCUGUAAAAUAAAGUGGUUGGCGUUUUUUUCCCCACAAGUAGCAGGAAACUGAUUGCAUAUACACUUGUCAGUUUUGUGUAUUCUGAAUAUGUUUAAGUUUGGGUGUUUUGCUUAGUGUUUCCUUUUUUGCUUUAGCAGUUGUCACUGUUGCUGUGCCUCACGUAAUGAACUUUGCUCAUAAUUCUCAGUUUGUGCAGCAACAUUUGAGGUGGGGGGCGGUCUUUUGUGUGUAUGUUGAUCUAGUUCUAGUCUAGAAUUUUUAGCAGAAAUUCUGUAUGCAUAUUUACUCCCCACCCCUUUUAAUCUCACACUUUUUUAGUGUAUAUGUGCAAGCUCUCAGAAAUUGAACAUCCCCUUUAUUUGCGGUUGGUGGCAGGCCCAAGGACAGACAUGCUGAGUUUUGUUCUCCGUGAGCAUGAAACUGGAGAGUUUUUGGUAAGUUGGCAGCUCUGUUUAUAGCAUCAAACAGCUUGGAGGGGUUCUUGAGGGUUUCCAAGUCCUACUUUUUUCCAUUGCCAGGAUUUUGGACUAUUUCCCAAUUGAUGUUUGUCAAGUGUACUACUCUCAGGCUCUUUUGUAGGCCAGAGAAGGACCUGUUUUGAUACCAGUUAAAAUCCAGUCUGUAAUUUUAAGAUUUUUAAAUCAUCUACAUGCUUUUGUAAUCCCCUUUCCCCUCCACAGUGGGAAGCUUUUAGUGUUCCUGAACUACAGAACUUCUUGCGUAUACUGGACAAGGAAGAAGAUGAGCAGCUGCAAAUCUUACAAAGACGCUAUGCAGCAUACAGAGACAAACUUGAAGAAGCCCUUGGUGGAGUCUGGAAACCAGGUUAAAAUGGGGCCAAAGAACACUCAGGAAAAAUACAAAUUACCAAAUAUUGCAUCGCAUGCCAACCCCCAGAGCAAGAGCAAGAGUACCUGUGUCAUUAAAACAUAUGACCUUUUUUUGUUAUCAUAGAGGUGGUUCUGUAAAUUUGACAUACUUUUACAUCUUGCAGGUAGCAGCAAAGGGAAUUUGCAAUAUUUGCAGACCUGUGUUGUGUGCGUACUUCACGAGUCUUUUCAAGAUUGCAUCAUGCUAACUGUGAUUGUAUGAUGAAUCUGUUUUCAAAGACCCUGUGAAACACAAGACAUUAUGUGCUUUAAUUACAAUUUGUAGCUUUUAAAACUUAAAGGGGUGUGCAAGUUAGAUUUUAUUAUAAAUCUCAGCUCGGUUUAGAAUAAGGAUUAGCACACUAUUUGAUACCAAAAUUGAUUUUUGCACUACCUUUCUUCUGAUAUUUUUGAAAUACGUAUUAUUUUUAUUUGUAGAAGGGAUGAACAAUUGUGUCCCAAAUGUUAUGCAGAAGAUGUUGAAGUAGUUUGAGCUGGAGAAGGUAGAGGGGAAGUAGAAAAGAAGGUGAGAGAGGAGAGAAGUGAGAAUGUUGGAACAGGAGAAAAGUUGGUUAGUGUGUUGUAAAGACGGUUGAGUGUUUAUGCUGAUUAGUAUUACUGAAAUUAAUAUAUUCAGAUGCUAUUAUUGAGAGAGAAUUUACUAAAUAUAGUAAAAGCGGAAUUGCAUAGAGGCUGUGUGCGACCAGCAACACACUUUAGUCACAGUCUUGCAUGUGCUGUUAAAAUACACUCAGAUUCUUGGUUGAGGUUUUCAUUAGUAAAAACAGCUUUUAAGGAAUUAAUCCACAACUGUUGCAAUGCUGAAAGGUGCAGUUGCCUUGAUCUCACCACAAAACUUCGUACCUUUGCGUAGAAAGAGGCAAAAUAGUGCCAUUCUCCUGGUUUUAUUUAAAAACUCAAGGAAGAAAGAAAAUCCUUCUGAAUUAAGUAGGCUAGGAGGAAAAGUAGCUUUGCGCUGUGAGAAACUUGAGCUAUAUCUGGUUUGGUUUCUGUGUUUAAACUAUACAAGUUUUGAAAAACUGGCUAGGAUUCUGUAUGCUGCUGAACCAUGGUAAAUAAUUGGAAGAGGAAGAAUUUUGUGUUUUGACUGUAACUGCAUUUUCCCCCAGAACUAUUUUUAUCUAAAGUAUGUAAGGUGUAAAUGAAAUCAAAGAAAUGGGUGUGCAAUUCAAACCUUUAUAUAAAUGUAUCAAAAGACUUUCAAGUUUAUAUUUGCAGCCACCCAGGGGAAAAAAAGAUAUUGGUUUGGAGUAAUAAUUUAUAUAAUUUAAGGAAUCGUGAGCAGCAACCAUCCCCCCUCCCUUUGAAUUAUUUGGGCAUUAAUUUUGAAAUUUCUGAGUAAUAUCUGCCAGUCGCUGACACCUGGUGGGGAUUAUAUGCAACUCCAAGACAUAUGUUCUCUUGGGAAAGUGUGCCUUGUUUUUAAAACUUUGGCUGUUUAUUCCCCUCAAAAUAUUGAGGUUUGAGGGAGAGGUUCUAAUCUCAGACUUGCCAAGACAAUCUUGAUAUAUUAAAUGGUUAGCAAUAACUUAAAAGUAGAAUUAGGUAUCAAUCAAAGGCAUAUCUUGUUGGAGUUUUUAUUAUUAUUUCAUGUGUAAUACUGUAGUGCUUUGUGUGUGUCUUACUGUUUUUUACCAGAGACCUAAUCAAGAGUCACAUAGGGUAGUGGGGGAAGGUUAUGUGUUGAACAUCAGUUUUGGAAUUAUUUUUCUACAAAGGCUAUGUGUCACAUUAUCGGAAAGGUUUAGGUGUUAACUGCUUCUAUGUGCCAGCCACCCAGAAGCCUUUGCCCUUUGUUGAGGGAAGUGUUAACAUUUAAAUGCUUCUUCUAGCACACAUGCUGACCAGUCGUGUGCAAGGGUAUACACCCUGCCAGGGACACACCGUUAACUGGCAGAGAGUGUAUACUUUGCGCACAGUGGCGCAAUCCUCUUAGCAAGAUGCAUCAAACAUGGCUCCUGCAUAAAACAUUGUCACAGAAAGAGAUUUUUCACUAGAGCAGAGCCAAAAGUUAAUCACUGAGCCCUUUCUGCUAAAAUUAGGGGUGCAGAGGGUAGCGCCACCCCGCAAAAAACAACAACGGUGGUGACCCCCCCCACUCACUUUUUUUGCUCCUUCCACUGCAUUUUCAUUUAUUUUUCCCAUUUCUGAGUGCUGUUGCUUUGUUUCAAAAUGGCAGCUUUUUUUUACAGCGGUUCUCAACCUGUGGGUCCCCAGGUGUUGCUGGACUACAACUCCCAUCAUCCCUGAGCUCUGGCCUUGCUAGCUAGGAGUGGUGGGAGUUGUAGUUCAACAUCUGGGGGCCCACAGGUUGGGAAAGGCUUCACCUGUCUUGAAGCCAGAUCGGAGUGACGGCAGGAGGGCCCUGCUUCCUGCUUCCACUCUGGUUGUCUUCCUGGGUUAAGAAGUCAGUGGAGUAAGGGAAGAAAGCUCCAUUUCCCAUUUUGGCCUCAGAACGGACACCAUCAGAGCUAGGAAGCAGUAUAUCCUGUAUGCAGUGGAAGAAAUGCCAUCGGCAGGGAGAGUGAACAUGCUGCUGGCAAGUCAGGAGAAAACCCCACCCUUCUUUGUGUUCGUAUUCUCAUGUGCACAGUUCCAAAAUGGCUGCCCAACUUGGAUGUGGUAAACUGGGGAAGAGGAGUGCAUUUUGGCUUAGCUCUUUGCUCAUGCCUUGCGUCUGGGAGCAGCUGAAUUCUAAACUGGCCUUUGGAGUCACUUAAUUCUAUUGAAACUCAUAAAAAGUUGAUGUUUGGAAUUUUAAUAUUAAUCAGGUUGCUCGAAAUUUAAAUACUGUAUUUCAGUCUAGAAAUGACAAUCUACAAGUAUGUGAAUCUUAAUUAUUAUUAUUUUUACUUGAACUUUGUGUUUUCCUAACCCCUACAUCUUCUCUUGGUGUGUUUUAUGAACUGCAGGAAUAACAAAAUUUAUAUUCCAAGCAGUCUCAAGCUGAAAGCACACUGGUUACUACAGGUGUUUUGUUUUUGUUUUUUUUAAAAAACCCAAAGCUUCAAAGAAUAGGUCAACAUUGAUCCAAAGGUAGGGUUUUUUGGGUUUUUUUGUAGGCUUUAAUUUUGUUUUCUUGUCAGGUUCUUAAUCUGUCAAAGAUGCAUUGCAAACUGUUUUAUGUUUUGACUUUGGUAGUAGCUGACUGGAGGGUGAUGUGGAAAACACUGAAAAAAGGUUUUCUUUUUUAAAAAAACAAACUUGUACUAUUUAUUUUGAAUUUUUUUUAAUAGGGAAGCCUUAAUGAUUCCCUUUGAAGUUGUUAUAGCAAGUUGUAAUUCCAUCAUUAAAGCUAAAGUUGACACCGAUAUGGAUGCUUUCAUUGUUUCAUUAUUGGUUUAAAUUUAUAGUCCUUCCAACUACAGGUUAAUGGUAACAAUCUUUGCUGACUUGAUGGGACUUCGCAACAGCAGUAUCCUCAAUCUGCACCAGGCAUCUGACACCAGCUAAAUUUCCCUCAAUAUCUCCAAGGCUGAGGGGUACAAUAUUUACAUUAUUUUUGUUGUUCUUACAGUUAUACAUCCACAUGCCAGAGAUGGAUAGUGACUUUCCCAGGACACAAAAUUCUGCUAUGUUCAAGGAUAAGAAAAAGCAAACCAUUUGCUCACGUUGCAGCAAUCAGGAAAAUUCCUUACAAAUUCAAACCACGCAUCCUAGUAAAGGCAUAACCAAGCCUGCAGCAAGUAUUCUUCAGCUUGGGGAUGGCAGGUGCUUAACACAUUAAGCAGCUAUGGCCCAUUAGAAUCUGAGAGAGUUGUCAUAUUGUAGACGUUGCAUAUUAUCACAACCCUUUAUACUUUGAGAAACUGCAGGGCCUGCAUUUAUCCAAAAUUGUUUUUCAGGGCUCUAACAUGAUGCUAUAACAUCUAACGAAAACUAACCACGGACCUCCUUCAUUGGUCUUAAAAGAUUCAUCAUUGCUCCUGGAGUCUUUGGAGCUUUAUUAAGUGAGAGCAACCCAACUGAAGCUGGAGUUCUGUUUCGAAAGUGAAGCAAAUGAAUGAUAAACAAUUAAACCGUGCUGUAAAGUGAUUUCUUUCAUCACGAAAGAGAACACAUGGCAUUCUGUAUAGUUUCUUUAUUCAAAUCUCACUUCAGAAACCACUGAGCAGGCCCAGAAUUUUCAGUAGCUUGGGAUCUCUCUCUGCACUAAAUGUUACAAACAUAAGAUAAUUUGUAGUGCUAAUUUGGGUUUUUCCUGAGGUUACUUUAUAGGUAAAACUACCCACUUCCACCAAGGGUGGUCAUGGGUGUUGGGGUUCCCCCCUCCCCUAUUUAACAAAGACAUUUUAAUUUAUUUAUUGAAGUGUUUGUGCUAUUUACUAUGCAUAGCUAUUCAUGCCUUGGCUACAACCACAUUAGUCUGCUGUCAUGUGCACUAAAUGUUGUCUUUUAAGGAUGAUCUGGAAGCUUUAACUCAGGGGUCAGUGAAUUUUUUCAGCAGGGGGCCAGUCCACUGUCCCUCAGACCUUGUGGGGGGCCGGACUAUAUUUUGAAAAAGAAAAAAGAAUGAAUUUCUAGGCCCCACAAAUAACCCAGAGAUGCAUUUUAAAUAAAAGCACACAUUCUACUCAUGUAAAAACACGCCGGUUGCCGGACCAUCCGCUGGCCGGAUUUAGAAGGCGAUUGGGCUGGAUCUGGCCCCUGGGCCUUAGUUUGCCUACCCAUGCUUUAACUCGUAGAAAACAGCUGGUGAGUUACAUGUGCAGGCUAAACAAUACCUUUUUCAGAGGAACAUACAGGACAUAUUCUGCACCACCUCUUCUGCUUUCAAAGAGCCAAUGAAAGUGUUGAUUGUUCCCUUUAAAGCCUUAAAUAGUUUAAGACCAGGUUUUUAGGAGGAGGAGGCCCCAUUAGCUAAAGUGGUGCUUCAGGUUAAGAACGGACCUCCGGAACGAAUUAAGUACUUAACCCGAGGUACCACUGUAGAACAUAAGGCCCCAUAAAACAGAUGAAGUGUUAAUUGUGCCUGUGCUUAUGGAAGGUUCUUAAAAGCACUUCAAAGGGAGUCAGAACUGUGCUAAUGGCCACAGAGCGCAGCACUUGUGUAAUUUCAACACGCAGUGGUAUUGUGUAGUGGGGUGUCCUGCCCCUUGCUGCCAAGCGGUGUGUACACUUCAGAACAUUAUGUGGAUGCAGGAUGUGUUGUUGUUUUUACAAAAUUUUAAGCUGUUCCUCACAAAGCUAAAUCAAUGUGUUAUGAUCACCAAACAAUACGUCACUCAACAAUUCAGAUAUGUGUACCUUUAAUUUCAGUUCAUCACAAACAAUUAUUUUUGUUGUACAUAAAUUUAAUUACUGAAAAGUGCAGCAAUAAUACAGGGUCCUUCAAAGGGCACUUUCUAAAAAAAUUGCUAUGAUUCAUGAGUAAGAAAACUAGCAUACAUAGUUGUCAUACAGCAACACUUAAAGGAAAACUGAACAGAAAAUGCCAUGGUUUUGAGCAGCAUUACAAACAUUUUACUGGGGUUUUUUGUUUUUGUUUUGUACUGAUCAGGAUGGAUUUGGUGGUGUGGGGCCUAAGUACAAAAAAAAGACCUACCUAGUACAAGCACUUGUAAAACCCUAGCAAUUACAUGCAGUGACUGUCUAUUUGGUGAGUUACAUAUGAACAGACAGCCUUCCAGAAUAACUUGCCUUUUAAAAGAACUUGCAUUUUGGCCAAGAGUUGUUUUUUAGCAGAAACUUCUGAGAUGAUAGGGCAGUGCUGUGAAACGUUAACGAGCCCUGAAAAAAAUUGAUAGGUUCUGUUAAUUGAGCUAGAAGUUGUUUUUUUCUCUGCACAAGAGAUGUGAGCUGUGAAAAAAAAAUCUAAUUAAAACUCCACCAGUCAACUCCGGGCUGCUGCUCACAAUAUAUAGCAGCUAUGCAAUGUCAUGAGUAACUGUGUGCAAAUUGGCUUGCCAGGCAAAUUCAUUUUCUACUGCAUAGUUUGCUCCCACAUCACUGCCAAGCAGCUCUCAGUUUAGCAAUGUGAAUGUUACGGUCUCAUUUUCUUUAAAACUAAUACUGUGUAAGGCCUCUGUUGGUAUCCAACAGUUGGAGGACAGCGUCUUCAUCGUAAAGUGCAAAUGGACAAUAGCUAGAAUCUUACAGAAAGAAGUGAUUAGAUCUGUGUGUGGGGCUGUGUGUUACUUUUAGGUAAAUGCUUAGGCGCAAAGACUGGUUAAAAGUAGGUUUCUCGUGGUCCUUUCAUUCUUACAAUUCCACUUGACAUCAAGUUCAAAGCAGCCUGUUUUUCCCAUGCCAACAUUGUGCAUUGAGACAUGAUCGGACUUCCUCUCCCUGACACCCCCAAAGCUCCCCCAGUUCCCACCCAGAGCAAAUUUUGCGGUUGUAUAGGGUUCUGCAGGUGGAGGAAAAGGGAAAGUCCAGUUUGCGUGAACUAAAAUAAAUUGCAUAAGUUGUGGUUUGUUUUUUAACAGAAGAUAUGCAGCGUUGGAUAGUAUAGUUAGAAGUUAUCACAUUUAAGACAUUUUGAGAUGCAAGCUCACUGUUCUGAAAUAAAAUAAUAGUAAGAACCUAAAGAAAUAACAAAACAAGUAAAAUCUUUCCAUUCUGUGUUUUACAAGAUCCCAAGUUUCUUCCUGAAUUGCUAUUGUAUAUUACCUGGUUCAUAAGUGCCUUGUGAGGAAUCAGCUAGUGAAUUUCAUAGUAUUAAAUAUACCAAACUACUACUAAGUUGUUUCACUCAUUCUGUAUGGUUAGUUUCGAUAGCAUGAACAUUGCUUAAGACAUGCAGCACAGAAUCUUCUGCUCAGACCAAGUAAAACACCUUAACUCUUAAAUGUUUAUUAAAGUCAGGGGUGGCAAACCGGUGGCCUGCCAGAUACCACUGAACUUCCAUCAUUCCCGACUGAUGAAUGUGAUGGCUGGGACUGAUGGCAAUUGGGAGUCCAACAACCUCCAGGUGAUUACAGGCCCCCACCCCCUACUCUCAAGUCCACACAAACGGAAUAUUACAAAUGAAUAUAUUAGAAGUUAACCUUAAUAUGGUACAGGAGCUUGCUACUAAAAUAUGUUGGAACUCAUUCUGAUCCACUCUAGCUAGAGGUAUUAAAUGCAGACAGGGAGACAAGAGUAAUCUUUCUCAAGGUUAUGUAUGACAAACAGAAAAUAAAAACACGUAAUAUAUUUAACUGCAGCAGAACUGACAUGUUUCUAGCUCUGAUUUAAAUCACUGAAGUUGACGAGCAAUGCCCCCCUGCUGGUUUUCAGAGGUGUUUAAAUUGGCUGGAGCCUAAAUCUCUGAAGCAAUUUCCUUUCAUGCUCUCCCCCCACUUCCAGGAUGACUCAAGCCACCUUCUCACCUUAUUCCUCCUUGACCCUGCUGCUCUUUAUGUGACCUCAGCCUUUAUCAUCUGACACGGCAUAUGUCCAAAUAGGCCAUUCCUAUAAAAAAGGUCCAUUUAUAUUUGUUGCUCCUAUCUAUUGUUAAGUGGAUACGAUUGGGACAAAACUGUUUGGGGGCAUUGUGUUGCUCAAGUGUUUAAGGAGAUAUGCCCUUUGGGUGAUAAGUCAGCUAAUUGAAGAGAACUGGUCUGGUAUUCAAGCAAAUGUCGAUAACAGCUAGCAACAGUCUGAUCGGCUUCUCUGGAUAUUAAAUAAAAAUAGGACCAAACGUUCAACAAGUGCUAACAAUAUAUUUCACAGGCAUAGGACAAUCGAGAAUAAGAAGCGUCAAUUCUGGGCAUCAAAUAAAUACGACUUGCAGUUUUGUGGCAUAAAGGGCUAAUACAGUAAGCAUUAUAUCCUAAAGCAACUUUCUCAGAUGAGGCACUGGAAAUACUCUCCUCUGUAUAUAUUGCUACAUUGGGACAUCAGAUUCUAUUGUACUUUUGAGAAUGCACAUUUUCCAAUUAAAAUAUCACUCUUAAAUUAGUGGCUCCCAUACAAAAUAAAUGGCACAUUCAGCGUAUUUUCUAUUUUUUGGGGGGGUGUGUGUGUCUCCAUUUAGUGGUUUACUUGGUUCUGAUCUGAAAAGAGAGUUGAUUAAUACAUAUUGAGACAAUCUAACAGGCACAUACAUUCUAAUCAGCAAUUCCAGACAAGUCCUGAAAGGCUGAGAAGAAAAGCAAUGGCAACCUCCCUGGUUAAAACUUGACUAGACUUCUAAACACAGCCCAGAAGCAGGAUGCUGCUUCUUAAAAAGCUUAGCCGGUAGUGCUGUAGGGAGGCGAUCUUUGGCCUCUGCCUACAGGGUAGGCCCAGGAUGACCCUGCUCCCCCCAAAAAAACUUACGUCAGGACCAGCUCUCAAAGGUAAGCAGUUAACACAGUUUCCACCUGAGGUAUUUUUACAUAACACCAAACAAAUUGGGAUUCCUGGCCACAAGUCAACAUUGUACUUCAGGAUGCCAUUUUCAGAUUGAUGUGGUAAUCAGAUUUUGAGGGAACUAGACCGAUCAUGUCUGUUAGCACGUAUUGCACAAAACAACCAGCUGGGGAGGUUAUCUUCUCCAAACAGAGUCCGCCAAUCAUGCCUUUCAGAUGUAGUCAUAGUGGAUUCAGCAGAUAUUCUGCAGUCACUUUGAAGAAAUGUUAACAAAACAGGCUAGUCACUGCAGCUACAGGGACCGUGUAAAAAGUCUGCGAGCCUGAGUCCCAUGAUUGCUGAACAUCAGGUGUGGGUUGAACUUGUAUCUACAGGGAAAGGGGUGAGUUUGGGAGAAGAGGAGGGAAAAACAAGUGCUUUCAAGUCAAGUCUGGUAUUUACAGUUUUUAAAAAUAUCAGCAUUCUAUGUGUGUUACAGAAUCUCUCGCUGAUCUUUUCCUCGAGAGAAACCUCUGCUGUAUUAGUUACAUCACAUUCAUGCAAGAGCCCCGUGCUCCAUUAAAAUGAAUGGUGGCUGGAUAGAUGCUGCAUUUAGUUGAACACAGUAUUUUCAAAGAAGCAACUGUUUCCGUUGUUUAGUUCCAAGCUCAAAAGUGUUUGAAGCAGCUGCUAACAAGCAAGCUGCAGCAAGGGGUUUGUUAUAUAUAAGCUUUAAAGACUUCAUGGUUAGGCCCAGAUAAGCGGUUUCUUUUAAAGCCUGUGGCUUGGACCAAGGAAAACCUCCUUCCCCCGCAACCCCCCCCAAAUCCUCUCUAGAGAAUCAGGUUGGGUGCAAGUAAGGGGAGGAAAAAUGAGAAACCUUUUAUUCAAGAUAAAUGAUCUUAGUAUUCAGGUCUCGGUGUGUGUGUGUGUGUGUGUGUGUGUGUGUGUGUAUAUAUAUAUAUUUCUUUACCGCUUUAUGUUUUUAAUAAAAAUCUCAAAGUGGUUUAAGGUAAAGGUAAAGGGACCCCUGACCAUUAGCUCCAGUCGUGGCCGACUCUGGGGUUGCGGCGCUCAUCUCGCUUUACUGGCUGAGGGAGCCGGCGUACAGUCAUGUGGCCAGCAUGACUAAGCCGCUUCUGGCGAACCAGAGCAGUGCACGGAAACGCUGUUUACCUUCCCGCUGGAGCGGUACCUAUUUAUCUACUUGCACUUUGACGUGCUUUCAAACUGCUAGGUUGGCAGGAGCAGGGUCCCAGCAACGGGAGCUCACCCCAUCGCGGGGAUUUGAACCACCAACCUUCUGAUCAGCAAGUCCUAGGCUCUGUGGUUUAACCCACAGGCAAAGUGGUUUACAGCAUAUUAAUUCAAGAAAGCAUUAGCCGGGCGAUGUUCCUCCAGCCUCAUGAGGAGCCUCUUUAGUGGAACUGGUGAGUAUGGGCCACGCCCCCUAGCCCAGCUGGAAAGGGCUUUUCGGGGAGCAGCCUUCACGCCUCACUGCAGGGUGAUGUUCCUUUGUUGGAUAUCCUUCACUAUUAAAAGGACUUGCCUCACUUGCACGAAUUCCGAUUUAAAACCUUGUAACUGAAUUUUACUUACAGUAACUCAAAGACCAAGAGGGAAGGUCUAUGUGCCUGAACUGUUCAAAAACAGUUGCAAAGCCAUAUAAUGAUUGAAAUAGGUCAAUAAGUGCAGGCUUACCCUGGAUCAAAUACCCCUGGUGUGCGGCAAGUUGCUCCAGAACAGGACUGCAACAUCAUUAGCCGAUAGUUCAUCUUUUCUAAAAUUUCUUGAUCUAUUGUUUUUGCGAUGUUGGUAAUCUGGUGCGGGUCUGCAGUCAAGUUGUAAACUUCAACAAACACCUGCAUUAAAAAACAACAACACAAACGACAGGCUAAAUAUGGAACGGAGGAUUUAUAGCCAGAGAUACUACAAUGAAGAUUGCUAUUACAUCUUAACAUGGUCUGUUACAGUGGUACCUCAGGUUACAGACGCUUCAGGUUACAGACUCCACUAACCCAGAAAUAGUACCUUGCGUUAAGAACUUUGCUUCAGGAUGAGAACAGAAAUCGCACGGCAGCGGGAGGCCCCAUUAGCUAAAGUGGUACCUCAGGUUAAGAACAGUUUCCGGUUAAGAACGGACCUCCAGAACGAAUUAAGAUCUUAACCCGAGGUACCACUGUAGAUGCCAUAUGGAUAAAUCCAUUUGUCGAUCCCAUCCUGUAGCUCCUUUUGUGGGAGGAAUACAUCUGAACUUCAGCUUGGUUUGUGCGACAGUAAGCAGAAACCAAAUCGCUUUCCCAUUGUCUUCUAGUUUUGCCACUCAUAGUGGAUCACCCUCGUGAUAAAUGGGAGGCGCAGUCAAGUGGGAUGACCGCCCUCUUCCACUGAGCGCGCAAGCUUUGGGAGGGAGGGGGACACCUGCCUAGCCUGCCAGGUCAGCUGAAUCAACCCUGAUGAUCUAUGGAGUGACAGAUGUCGCUUCAUGAGCAAGUGUUCAUGCAGCCAACAUCUUACUAAUGGGAUUUAAAUUUCGCUUCUAAAGGGAGAGGUAGGUCACUAAAAUCCUCUCAAAGCCAAUUGUCCCGGAUCUUUUUACAGACCUGUGUUCCCUCUUCAGUGUUCAAGCUGCCUGCCUCGUUUCAAUUUACGAUGCUACCGGUUCAUCAAACCUUAGGUUUUACAUUCGUCAUUAACAACUACUGCUAGAGCCGCACCUGCUAGAACAAGAACCGUACUCUCAUGUUCGGCCCCAGCCUUGUUUUUCAUACAUCCCUUGCGGCAUGUAGCAAACAGCACCUUACCCAAUGUUUGCUCACUCCAGCAGUGAGAUACAGCUGAGGGUACAAUCCAGAGCAGGCUAUGCAUGCAGGUCUCUUUUCUCCUAGUAUUAAAAUUAGUGGCUCUUUAAAGCCAAACAGAGCAGUAUUCACUGCCAAUGCAGGUAAGGAGUAACAUGCCAAAAACCCAUUUCUAGCCAUUACACAGUUACCUGGUGUGUGAUUGCUCUGCACAAAAGGAAAUACCGUAUUUUUCGCCCUAUAGGGUGCACCGGCCCAUAGGGCGCACUGGCCCAUAGGGCGCACCUAGUUUUGUGGGUGGGUGGGAAAUAAAGAAAAAAAAAU